CUGUCGUGCUGAGAAUCCGCAGCUGAAACUCUUUGACAAAUUAGAUCGGAGGGCUGAACUUAGAUGACACCAGCAUGAAUCCCGCUUGAAGUUGAACAUUUUUUUCUACCCUGAAAUUGCAAAGUUUAGAGUGUUUUGCUUAAGUUCUGCUCCAGCUGUUCACCUCAACUCCUGUUGCAAAAAGACAAAGGUGUUCUGAAUGAAUAAGUAGUUUCCACGUUUGCUGGUUCCCGUGAUGAAGCUGGAGAGGGGAGUCUUGCAGAACUAAAGAGAAGAUGAACAUGUGAUGAGGGAAAUACCAGCUUCAUGUGACCCAUGGCUCAGGAGCUGCUCCCAGGAGAAGACAAACACCCGUUUGUGUUGUUUUCCUCAGUCAGCCUAAAAGCAGUGAGAGGAAUCCACCAGUCAGGUUCUCUCUCUUCCUGUUGAACUCACAGCAGACGUCAUGCACACCAUCAAAACCGUUGAGACACAAGUUCCCUUUCUCAAGGAAAGUUUCUUCACCACCACCUUCAAAGGUCGGAGGAAGAGCAGCGUCACCCACAUCCUCCACAAACAGCAGCACUCCCUCAUCAACCAGCAGCACUGCAUUUUGGAGCACCAGCAGCACAGUCCCAAACACUUCCAACCCAGUCACGAUGAGGCGGGGACGAAAACCCCCGAACGCCAGCGCCUGGCUCGCUCCAUCAGCAGUCCGUUAUGCAAGACGCCCGAGCUCGCACGAGCAGACGGGGAUAGAAAGGAGGGGCAAAGGGAGAGGAAGGAUCAGAGAGCGAGCGAGACCGUGCGUGGGAGGGGGGGUGAGCCUGCUGCUGUCAGUGCCAGUCUCGUCCUCCUUUCAUCAUCAGCAUCAGCAGUGCUGGGGGAGCCUGCAUCCUCCUCACAGUUGCCAUUAACUGCGCUGGGCAGACAGCAGGGAUUAGCCAUCAGUGGGAGAGCUCUGACCAACCACGAGGCAUCAGCCCGAGAGGAGUCCCAGCAUGCUCCACCUCGCUACCAACAGCACGGCCUCCUAGCUAAGGGUGUUCGACUGCUCAGGAACAUGGGGAACCAGGAUACCAAGCACAAAAAGGGAGCAGGAAGUGGCGGAACAGCAGGGGAUGCGUCCUGUGACGGCGAGGCUGACGAGAGAGAGCUGGACAAACAAUCUAAGAAGUCCCAAAGUAAGACAAGCAAAGCAGGAGGGGAACCCAACGGGAAAAAGAAAGCAAAAUCCGAGUCAAAGGGUUCAGUCUUUUCUGGAAUGAAGAUCAGGAAGAGUCUAUCCAGGGUGAAAGUACCCACAAAGGACGACAUGAUGGAGGACAAGAAACAAGUUGGCACGAGGGAGCUGAAGUCCGGAGCAGAAUCGAGCUAUCCGGCAGAUGAGACGUUCAUGCUUUCCGACGAGGGGGAUGUAAGCCUGUUACGGGACGACAAUCACGAGUCUGUGGAGGACUUUGGCCGGAAGAUAAGCUCCGAGUCGGACGCUGACCUGUACAGUUUUCACUCGGCAGCAGCUGAAACCGAGGACCUGCUCUCUGACAUUCAGCAGGCCAUUCAGAACCAGUGUGACAGGGGAAUAGGAACAGUGCCCAGAAGUCUAACGAGCGAGACCUCUGAAGUCCCUGACACAAAGCCCCCUCAGCUCUUUAACCUAGACACGACGGGGUUCUCCUUUCCCGCCGGCACUGAAAGUUUCGAUCAACAGUUGCAGGAGAAAAAAGACGAGACAACAAGACAUUCAUCCGGUGAGAGCAGUCUCCUGUCCUCAGCUUUGAACACAGAGAGAAGUAGUGACAGCCUUUUCCCAAAGACGAACAGCACCUACAGCUUCCAAGACACGACUGUCACCACGUCCUAUGAGAGUGCCGAAGACGACCUGGAGAGUCCGGUAGAACAACCACACCAUAGUCAUGGCAAUCCCGCCUCCCAGAGCAGAAACGUAUGUGUGCCUUCUGUCCAUUUAGACCCCGUUUUUUCAGGACCAAUCGGGACGCACAAGAGUCUAAGCACCAUGGACCUUUCCAUUGAUAGGGAGGAAGGGGAAAGUGGGAAACGGGACUUCCUGUCCCUCUCAAGGAGAAAAAGUAGCAUGUCUAUAAGCCACCUGAUGCCCGACAGUCCUCCUGUUUCUGACUUGAGACGAACUUCUGCCACUUCCCCCUCCACUGUCAAGCUCUACCCCCCAGUCCACCCCUCUUAUGUUAAGACGACAACCAGGCAGCUCACCUCUCCUGUCGGUUCCCCCCUCACCAGCCCCAAUGUGCCCAGGAAAACCGACGCCACCGCUGCUUCGUUAAGCUCCAGCAAAGCUGAGGCGUUGGCGAAACGAAAGCAGCGUUCAUGCUCCAUAGAUGGGCCCCACAGCAUCUUUGCUGACUGGUCUUCAGAAGCUGAUGACCUGGCAGGACUUCAGCCUAAAGUCCCAGAGAUAGAAUCAAAAGAGAAGAGUAACACCAGUGGAAGUUACUGGACGCUAGGCUCCAAGAGAACACAGUACGGGCGGAAGACGUCCAACUCGUCUGCACCCUACCUGGAUGUGUUUUCCGGUCGCACUCUGUUGGACAGGCUUUGUUUGCACCAUGGAGGCGAGUCUGUGGAGACUGAAGCAAAGGAACUGUGUCACCGAAUGCUUGCUCACGGCCUGCUGAACCCCUUUAGCGACAGCACGACCGAGCACCACAGUGACGGCACUGUCUCAGUGAUCUUUAAUGAGGAGCAGCUCUACACUUGGGCCUGCGUGGGCCUCCCGGUGUCCUCUCACGUGUGGGAUCUCUACGGAGGGCGCACCACGGGCCGGGUACAGAGUUUAAGAUCUUCUUUGCACCGGACGACAGCCAAGUCACCCAGUUCAGGACACUUUCAGACAGAAUCGAGCUGGUUGAAGUCGGCGCAGUCGUCCUCGGAGGAUGAAAACGGCCUCGUCCCUCAGCUGGAGCGGACAGUCGAGGAUCUGCGGACUAAGAUCGCUCUGCUGCAGGUGCCUCCGGGGAAGAACAAUGGCGAAAAUGAGGCGCCACCGGGCAAUGGAGUCCACAAGGCGACCCACGCCAGGGUGGCGAGACAGGAGAAGCGGAGCGCCGAGGUGUCUGUGCAGACUCUACCUUUGGAGGCGGGGCUAAAGCCGGAUGGAGGGUCAGCUGAUGCGUUUGUGUGCA